UCGUAUAAAUACACGCGUGUAAACUGUGUUCGAAAGCAAGCCACUGUGUGUCAGCUCAAUCUCAACAUAAACAAUCAAAAUGCAUUUCCUUGUCGUUCUUCCAUUGUUUGUUGCCGCUGCGUUGGCCGCCCCUGCCAUCCCCGCUACGCCUUGCCUGACGCAUCCAGCUUCAAUUGCUUACGGUGUUGCACCUGUACCUUAUGCCGCACCUGCUCCUAUUCAUGUUGAAGUGCAACCACAAAUCCAGUAUGACAUUUCAGCUCCUGUCGCCGUUGCUGCCCCAGCUCCACUCACUUACGCCGUUCCAGAGCCAGUCCAGGUGGUAGCUCCAGCUCCGGUUCAGGUCGCAGCUGCGCCAGUUCACGUUGUCCCGCACGCCUUUGAGACCCGCGUCCACUACGCCGAGACUCCCGUUGUGGUCGGACAAACUGCCCACAUCAUGAAGCCCAACUUGGGAGCUGGUGCCCACGUUACCAACUAUGACUUUAUGGGACUCGCUCAGACCAAAGGAGCCGCCCAGGAAUCCUACGUCCAGAAAUCGAAAGUGUUGGCCCCGGCCCGCACCGUCUCUGAGAUUACUCCACAGGUGACUGUCCAGCACCCGACCAAAGUCAACGUGCAGAAGGUCGCUGUUGAGGUGCCCGUUGCUGCUCCCUACGCCCAGCCCGUCCCCGUUCCAGUAGCUCCUCAGUACGAAAUCCACCAAUACCAUCACGCCGUUGCCACUCCCGCUGUCCAUUUGGUCAACGGUGUUCCAUGCGCUGAAGCGGCGAAAACCGCUUAAAGGGAACUUGAUUUUCCUGUUAUGUAUCCUAUGGUGCCUAUUCCACUGAUUUGAAUGACUCUAUGAGAAUUUCGUCCUUCUUUGCCUAUAAGCAAAGCAAAACAAUACACACGUUUUCAUGAAA